CUCACUCACUCUCGUUAGCUAGUAGCUAGAGGGAGCAUCAGCAUCAGCAUCAGCACUGAGUAGCAGCAGCAGUAGCAAUGAGUUCUGGUUCAGUCACCAAAGCACCACCACCCUCUUCUUCUUCAUCACCCAACUCUUCCUCUGAGUCCCUUGAUGGCUUGAAGUUUGGCCAGAAAAUCUACUUUGAGGAUGUGAGUGUUGCAGCAACAACAACAACUCAAGGGGCCUACAAAACAAGUCGUGUGGUUUCUUCCCCUUCUUCUGCUUCAAAGAAGGGAAGGGGUGGUUCUUUGCAAGCUCCUAGGUGUCAGGUUGAGGGCUGCAAAGUAGAUCUGAGUGGUGCUAAGGCUUACUAUUCUAGGCACAAAGUUUGUACCAUGCACUCCAAGUUCCCUACUGUUAUUGUUGCUGGUUUGGAGCAAAGGUUUUGCCAACAGUGUAGCAGGUUUCAUCUGCUUUCUGAAUUUGAUGAAGGAAAACGAAGCUGCCGCAGGCGACUUGCUGGUCAUAAUGAGCGCCGACGAAAGCCCCCGCCAAGCUCCACACUAGCCUCUCACUAUGGCAGACUCUCUGCGCCUAUUUUUGAUAACAGUGGCCGAGCCGGUGGCUUUCUGAUGGAAUUUGCUUCAUACCCAAAGGUUACAUUGCGAAAUACACUGCCAACACAAAGAUCAGCCGAGCCGGCUCUCGGUAACCAUGCUGCAACACUUACCUGGCAAGGAAGCUCAGACACACCAUCUGAAUUUUUCCUGCAAGAAUCAGGGAGUGGUGGAACAAGCUUCCUUGGUUCCAAACAUCCCUUACUGGAAAGUUACACUGGAGUGACUGACUCAAAUUGUGCUCUCUCUCUUCUGUCAAGACAAACCUGGGGUUCCAGAAACACAGCCCCAGCAACAAGUGUUGAGCUGAACAACAACUUGUUGAAUUUCAAUGGGACAUCCAUGACACAAUUUUCCGCGGCUUCUUCACAAGCUGCAGCCAUCCAUCAACUUCCAAAUGCCACCUCAUGGUUGUACCUAAAGGGAGUUGGUUCUGGUGAUUGUUCGCCUGAGGGUGUCCCCGAUCUUGGUCUAGGUCAAAUUUCGCCGCCUCUUGAUAGCCAUCUUCAUGGUGAGCUUAAUGUGUCACAGCAGGGCAGGAGGCAUUACAUGGAUCUAGGGGAAUCCAGGGCAUGUGAGUCUUCUCACUGGUCUCUUUGACGCACUUCUAUGCUAUCUGUUACUAUUUGAUCAGUUACCAGACUGGCACUAACUACUAGCAUUUUGGUUUCUUUGAACUUAGAAGCAAGGUGGGUAUAUCCUUCUUUUGGUUGUGGAACUUUGAAAAUUGAAACAUCCUUAUUUUGGUUUGUUUGAACAUAUCAGCAAGGUAGGUAGCCUUGUUUUUUUUUUUUUUUUUUUUUUUUUUUUUUUUUUUUUUGUGGUACCUUUCAGACAUUAUUAGUUUGGUAUUGGAACUUAGAAGCAAGAUGGGGUUGUCCUGUUUUAUUUUGUGGAAAUUUCAGACGUGUAAAUCAUUUUAUUGUGGGUAUGAUCGAUGUUUUCUAGCAUA